CAAGAGACAGAGAGGGGGGGGUGGGAAUGGCUGGGUGAUCCGCGGCUGUUCGCCGGCGCUUUGCUGAUGGGUCGGCCGUGCGGAGCAGGAGCAGGAGCGGCGUCGAUCCGCGGUCGCCCCUCACUCGGGCCAUCCCGGAACCACUGCGCCGCCGCAGGGCGCCCCCAGCUCCUCGCCUGACCCACCCCGGGGGUCCCACCCAACGCGUCCCGAGGUUCCUGGAAAGGCUUCGAGGGAGUCGACCCCGGGGGGACGCGGGAACCCCCCCCGCCCCCCCCCGCCCGGAGGAAGAUCGCUCGUCUCUCCCGCGAGGUCCGGCGAUGGGUCCCCCCCGCCGCGCCACCCCUCGCCCCCCGGGCUGAAGGAGCCCAGAGCCGAGCCUGCCUCCCGCUCGCCGCGCCCCCCCCCCCUCUCCGGGCCGGCCAUGUCUAGCCCCAAGUCGCCGGGCUCGAGGAAGAAGAGGAAAAGUCUCCGCUCGCCGCCGGGCUGCGGGAGUCGCCGGCCGCUCGACGGGCGCGCUGGGAGGCCGGAGGGAGCCGCGCCUCCUCGGCUCAGGUCCCGCGAUCUGGUCAGUCCCCGCGGCCGCGUCCCUUGCCCGCCCGGCCGGCCCUUUGGCGCGCCCGCCGCCCGGUCCGUUCCAGGAGCGCCGACGGAUCUCCGGCGCAGACCUCCCUGCUGGAGCUGAGCUGCCGUCGCUUCGCCGGGUUCGAAACCCCCUCUCUCCCUGUUGCACGGCUGGCUGCUGCUGCUCUCCUUGACGGGAGACUUCCUCCAGGAUUACACACUCCAGCCAGCCGGAGAACUCCCGGUUGGAGCUGCACAAAUCGUAGGCUCCUGUUCGCAAGCGGCAAAUCCUCCUCUUCCCCUCCCCCAACCGGACCCCCUAAGCCCCCCACCGUUCCUUUCUCUCCCCCCGUCCUGGAGGCUUCCGGCUGCGGAGAACUUGCGCGCUCUUGGCGGCGAACUGUCAUCUUCCCUGCUGUAGAUGCCUAUCGAGUCCGCCAGAUCGCCCCUCGCUGCCCUCCCAGGGGCUCCGGCUAGGUGGGAGAACCGCGCGCGUCGAGUGCAGGAAGCCGGUCCCCGCUGCCUUCUCCGGUUGCAAAGAGCUCAGGUAGCCGGCCUGGGGGAGAAGAGCCCCGCGGGAGGCUUUGGAGGUCGCCGCCGCUAGCCUCUCCAGCCGGCGCUUGGGGCGGAUGCUCUGGUGUGACGUUGGGCCGAUGCUCUGAUUGGAUAUCAGGCGGCUUCUGGCGCCGGGCUCCCGAUCGUCCCUGUUGAACGCGGGAUGGAGGCUACCAAGUUGCCCGCCCUUGGGAAGAUCGGCCCUCUAAGUCCCAGGAACACACUGGGCUCCUCUGUCGUCCGCCGUCCCUUCUCCGCUUUGGCCUCCAGGGUCCCGAGCAGGGGCUGAUGAAGAAGAAGAGGAAGGAUUUGGAUUUGUACCCCACUUUUCUCGACCGCAGGGAAUCUUACAAACCCCUCCCCCCUUCCCAAAGCAAACACCUUGCGAGAGAGCUGGGGGCUGAGAGAGUUCUGCAGGGAACCGAGACUGGCCCGAGCUCAGCUGGCAGGCUCCAUGUGGAGGAGCAAGGAAUCGAACCCGGUUCGCCAGAUUAGCGCUCGCCCUCUCCUAACCGCUACGCCACGCUGGUGAGCUUCGAUUGUACUUGACUCCUGUCCUCCCUUGCUGUGAUACUUGGGGGUGGGGGAAGAUGCCACGGGCCAAGCCAGCAACCCGUUCCAAGGGAUAUACAGUGCCAAAGAAGGCCUCUGAAAGAGCCCACUGACCCCACGCCACGCGCCGGCCAGCUGCCUGCCGGCCUUUCCCAUGUGACGGGCCUCCCCUCUUCCUUCCCCACCAUGGAGCUCUCCGAGGUGCACUGCCUGAGUGACAGCGAUGAGCUGUACACCAUCAACCAGACGCCCCCUAGUGGCGGGGCCCGUUCCCAGCGCUUGCUGUGGCAGACGGCCGUGCGCCACAUCACGGAGCAGCGCUUCAUCCAGGAGCAUGGCAAAGGGCUGGAUUCGGACGAGUCCUGCUGCUCCAACCACUCCCACCAUCCUCGGCGCCAGUCAGCGGGCAAGAGCCUCAGCAGCCACAACAACGGGGGCACCAAAGUCUUCCCGGAGCGCACGGGCAGUGGCGGGGAUUUGGGCUUCCUGCACCUGGAGUGCGCUCCCAGCAACUCGGACUUCUUCCUCAACUGGGGCUACACUUACCGGGGCGUGAUCUUCCCCACCUUGCGCAACUCCUUCAAGUCCCGGGACUUGGAGCGCCUCUACCAGCGCUACUUCCUGGGCCAGAGGCGCAAGUCAGAGGUGGUCGUGAACGUCCUGGACGUGCUGACCAAGUUAACUCUCUUGCUGCUCCACCUCACCUUGGCCUUGGCCCCCAUGGACCCCAUCAAGGGCAUCCUGUUGGGCUUCUUCACGGGCAUCGAGGUGGUCAUUUGUGCCUUAGUGGUCGUCAGAAAGGACACAACCUCUUACACCUAUCUUCAGUACAGCGGGGUGGUCACGUGGGUGGCCAUGACCACCCAGAUCCUGGCUGCCGGCUUGGGUUGUGGCCUCCUCGGUGACGGCAUUGGCUAUGUGCUCUUCACCCUCUUUGUCACCUACAGCAUGCUGCCCCUGCCCCUCACCUGGGCCAUCUUGGCCGGCUUGGUCACCUCCAUCCUGCAGCUCGUCAUGCAGAUAGUCAUCCCCCGGCUUGUGAUCUCCAUCAACCAGAUAGCAGCUCAAGCGGUGAUAUUUAUGUGCAUGAACACCGCUGGAAUCUUCAUUAGCUACCUAUCAGACCGAGCCCAGCGCCAAGCCUUCUUAGAAACCCGAAGAUGUGUGGAAGCUCGGCUGAGGCUGGAAACUGAAAACCAGAGACAGACAACUGUACAUUUCCCCUUCAUAACUGACCCGUACGUUGCACAAUGCUGA